CGCCGCCGAGGAGGCGGAGGCGGAGCGGGAGCGGGUGAGAGGUCGGCCUGCGCCGGUCGCCCGUAGAGACGGUCCCGGGCUGCGGCGGCGGCGAUUUACUGCAUUAAUUAAACCUGAGCAAGCUGUAACAAGUGAAAAAAUGCCUAUAUGAGAUUAAAGAACUUGUCCAAGGUCUCACUUGUCUGUGGCAGAGCUGGAAACAGAAGCCAAACCUCGUGACUCCCAAUCUUGUACUAUAACUAAAAGACCAUCUCUGCUCUUCAUGCUGUGUCGCUUUUGCUCUAAUCUUAGGAAGGCUGUGGAAACACAGGGGUUCACAAGAAAGUGAAGAGAACAGAACACUACAUAAGCAGUGAAAUCAGCAGUGGUUGGGUACAGGAGCUGUCGUUUAGUUUGUCUGUACAGAAGCCAACACAAACAGUCCCUGACCAAGCUGACUUGUGUGCUACCACACUAUAAUGAACUUCAAAGACUUAAUUAAAAAUGUCUAGCAAAACAGUUAGCACCACAAACAAUAUAGCUCAGGCCCGAAGGACUGUUCAGCAGCUAAGACUAGAAGCGUCAAUAGAAAGAAUAAAGGUGUCAAAAGCCUCAGCAGAUUUAAUGUGCUAUUGUGAAGAACAUGCCAAGAAAGAUCCUUUGCUAAUGGGCAUACCUACUUCCGAAAACCCUUUCAAGGAUAAGAAAACUUGCAUUAUAUUAUAGAGGGGCAGCAAGUGCCUCCAUAGUUUUUCCAAGCAAAACAAACCACAGGCAGGUUCUUAAAUAACCUAAUGGUCAUCUGGUAUCAGUAGCUUAAAGCAGCAGUUCUUUUACCACGUGCAUAAAUGAUUUUUUUAGGUUUUUUUUAAAAAGGUUUUGGGUUUGGGGUUUUUUCUUUUAGCAUCCUUCCCACAAAGCCAGAUUACAAACUCAGUUAUCCUCUUCCUUAUAAAAUGGAGUGGGUUUUGUGACAUAGCUAGUAAUUCUGCUGUGUCAACUCUUCUGUAAUGAGAAGGAAUGGGAUGAGGUGAGGUUCUUUUCUAAAUGUUCAUUAAGUACAUUUCAGUUGGGCUAUGUAAUCAAAACCAAAGUUGCCUGAGCAUCAUCUAUGGACCAGAAAGACAAAUCAUUUGAGUUCUAGUCAAGCAUAUUUUUGUGCAUGUGUGUUUUGUUUAUGUGGAUACACAUUCCAAAGUGCAUUCUCUAACAAAAGACUCCUUGCAAUGACUGCUGCAACUGUUGAUAAACUCUGGAGGUUCCUGCCUUUACCUUUAGUUAUGUAUUCAUUUUUUUUUAAAUGCAAAACCUUGUGUCAAGAAUCAACAGACUGUUGAUGAUUUAUGUAAUUGUUCAUUUUCAAGAGGGUUUAAAAAGCAGAAUUUCCGCCCUUGCAUUUUGCCCUUCUAAAUUUUCCUUUCUAAUUAGGGUCUGUACUAGUAAUAGAAUCUCCCAAAUAGGGAUGUAGAAAGAAUCAAAUACUUAAGACAAGCAUUUCACUUGCCCUGCUGCUAGGUUGAGACAUAGGAUUCAGUCACCACAUGUCCCAUUUAGGUUUUGGCUACUUAAAUUCAUUUUUUUAAAUAAAAGAAUGGGGAAAAAAGCCAAAUCAUACAGAUUUUGAUCCAGUAAAUGUAAUUAGUAGGCCUGCUAAACACAUCCAUUGAUUUUUUUUUUAUUUCUUUUUUUUACACACACACACACACACACACACACACACACACACACACACACACACACACACACACUCUACAAGUUUUGUGUAGUGAUGGAAUAACUGAGUGGAAAGAAAACGAUAUUGACUUAGGCUACAAAUGUAUUUUGUAUUUUUCUGUAACCAGCUGAUCAGUGCUUGAAAUUGUCAUCUGUCAUAACUGCAUUUCUGUAAUAGUAUUUACAGAAUGUAUUAAUCACUUGUAAUUUACUGUCUUGUUGCAUAUUUGUCUAAUUCUAUAUUAAAUUAUAUAGACACUAUUGAUAAUAUAUUGAGAAAUUAUAUAUGCUUUUCUUUAACAAGCCUCCAUCCAAAAAUCUAAAACCUAAGGCUGAUUGUAAGAAGAAAAUAUACUGCUUAUUCUGUGCUGACAUUCAAAUUAUUUUUAUAAUUAGAAUAUUUUUCUAAUGACAAUUUCAAAACAAUAACUAGAUUUUCACACUGAUUCUUAUUUACCAUGUUCAGUCUAUGAUUUUAUAAUACUUAUUAUUAUUAUUAUUAUUAUUAAUAAUCAAUUUAGCUACAUGAUUUCAUAUCUUCACUAUAGAGAAGUAAUCAAACUCCCUGCUUUCAGUGGUAAAAUGUAUUCCUUUCAAAUUAGUCAUAUUAGUAACCACCUUUUCAAUCCUUUUUUAUUCUGAUUUUAAUUGGGCAUAUGUAGCUAAGUGCUUAAUUUUAUUUAGAACUCCAAAAGAAUACAUGAAGAGAUAACAUUUGCAUCUGUAUCUGUAUGUUAUUUUGAUAUCUGACUUUUUUUCUGCUGUUUUGACCAUUAAAUUGUAGGGCAGCUGUUUGUUUAUGAUCCCUCUGUCUAAUGUUGCUCUAAUCUAUGUUGUUCAGAUAAAUUAGAACUGUGCAACCUCUUUUAUUUGUGUUGUAUAACCACUUAUUUCUCCUCAAAGCAAGGCAGCAUGAAUUUAACUUUAUACUUUUUUACAUAGAAUUUCUGAUAAAUGAAUCCAUUUUUUCCAGUUGCUACUUUCAUAUAAAAUCUACGCAAUAUUUUUAAAGCUGUAUUUAAGUGCCAUGAUUUUGUUUUUUUUAACUCACUUAAUCAAAAUAUAUAAACUUUACAAAAUAUAUAAGCCGUAGCACUUGAGAAUGUCUCUCAAAUAUGUUUCUAUAAUAUAGACAGUGCUUGGAAUCUACUAGUAAACAUUUGGGGCCUGGGAUGAUUACUAUGCUGCAUUUGUAAUCUAUUGAAAACUUCUUUGUAAGUAUCAGGAUUCUAAAUGUUCACAGUGCCAUUAAAAGAAGAUGUAAUGAUUAUCCUGUUCAGCAAUAUUUAACAUUAAGUCUAUUUUUCUACUUUUUUCAUACACUUUUGACAUCUUUACAACAUCAUGACAAAAUUUCUAGAAAUAGCUGUUUGACGCUGUUUGACCUUUUCUUGUGCAUUUAAAGAGUGAAAGGGUUGUUUUAGAAUGUGAUUGCAUCUUUAACCACAGAUGUACAAUCAAAACUAGUGUGCCAACUUUUCUUUCAGAUGCUGUCUGGCUUUUAGCCAAAAAUACAUUGGAACUUACAGCUAAAACAAUUAAAUAAAACUGACUACUUCUGUUAAGCUUUAUAGUUUUUAAGAAAUUCUCUGCAUGUUGCAUACAGGUGAAAUGCAAGAUGUAGUGGCAUCUGAGGGCUCAAACAAUUAUUUAUGGAGAUAUAACAUUACUUGUUCAGUAUAUAAUGUGUAGUAUAAAGUGUACUUUUUAUUGUCAUCUUGUUAAGAGGAUGAGCCCUUAAUUUGGGAAGAAUUUAUGAAGAAAUAGAGGUUUUCUAGUUGAUUAAAUGAAAUAAUGGAUGACAAACCAUCCAAAUUCACCGCUCUUAGAAAUUUAAGGGAUUAACUUUUUAAAAUUAUGUUCAGCCAGCCUGGCUGGCUGGAACAAAUGUGUAACAAUACUGUAACUUGGUGCUCUGAAUACAGAUGCCUCAAAUGUAAAAUCUUUGUGUGAUGUUAAGUGAAUCUGAUAGUAUUCCAGUGUUUUCAGUAUUUCUUUUUAUAAACUGAGAGUACCUACUUAUUCAUAUUUUCUCUGGGUUUAAUAAUUUGAUUCUUUAACUACUAAGAUUUGUUUUAUCAUUAUGUCUUCAGAUUCACAUGAAUAUCAGACUCAUUUGCCUUUAAUAAACAGCUUUGUAAAAUGCUUUACGUUUAUCUAACAGCUUUCUUUUGCUAUUUAUGAGUGAGCCUUUUAUUAAAGCAGUGCAUUGUGCUUUUUGUUUGGAAAGUGGUUUCUUGUAGCAGUGAGAGAAAACACUGUUAACCAAAAGAAUGUAGUUCACAGCUAAUGUAUUCACUACCAUGGAGAUGAAAACACUUUAUUAAAAUAUCACUGCUUUUUA